AAUUCAGUUUAGGCGUGUCAAAAAAUGUGUUGUUUUUGUAGAACAAAAUCGCAAUUAUAAAAGCUCUGUACCGGUAUAGAGGAAGUAUCAUUCGACUUCUAGAUUUAUUUUGAAUAACAUUUUAUUCUCACCUUUUCAAACAUGUCUAAGAUCACCUUCAUCGUUCUGUUGGCCUUCUUCGGAGCCAUUGCUGCCAUGCCUCAGUACCACGGCCAGCAACAUCAUCACGAGGAAGAACACCAUGGACCAGUACACUACGAAUUCCACUAUGACAUCCAUGAUGAUCACACCGGAGAUGUUCAUGGACGCAAGGAAUCCCGUAAGGAUCAUCAGACCCAGGGCGAAUACUACUUGAUCGAUGCCGAUGGUUACAAGCGCACUGUCACCUACCAGGUCGAUGGCAAGAGCGGAUUCGUUGCUCAGGUCCACCGGGAGCCAAUCAAGGGAUACCAGCAGCCUCAGCAGCACCAUCAAAUCCACAAGGUCGUUGCUGUCCCAGUUCACCAUCAGCAUCACUACUAGAGUUCCGAUCCAGACUUAGUACAAUUGUUUGAAACCAAAUAGAAUAAAUUGUUGAUAAAUAUUAAA